GAGCCGUCCACCCGCCUGCCUGCCAAGGAGGAAGCCUGGGGCCUGGGGGGCCCGGAGGCCCCGCUGCCUGGACUUGGCCCGUAUGGACGGACUGCCUGGCCGCCAUGGCCCUGGGUCCCCAGGGCUUGGUGCUGGAGUCUGGCGAGGCCUUCUUGGGCAGCUUUGUGGCCAGCGGGAUGGGGCCGUCGGCCUCUUCCCAUGGGAGCCCGGUGCCCCUGCCCUCUGACCUCUCCUUCCGCUCCCCCACCCCCAGCAACCUGCCCAUGGUGCAGCUGUGGGCGGCCCAUGCCCAUGAAGGAUUUUCUCACCUGCCCAGCGGGCUAUACCCAUCCUACCUCCACCUAAACCACCUGGAGCCCCCAAGCAGCGGGAGCCCCCUCCUCAGCCAGCUGGGCCAGCCCAGCAUUUUCGAUACCCAGAAAGGUCAGAGGGCAGGACGGGACCCCGAGAGGCCCGAGAGCGCCAAGGCCUUCGGUCGCGAGGGCUCCGGUGCCCAGGGUGAGGCGGAGGUGCGACAUCCGCCCGUGGGCAUUGCGGUGGCUGUGGCCCGGCAGAAGGACAGUGGCGGCAGUGGCCGGCUGGGGCCUGGGUUGGCCGACCAGGAGCGCUCCCUGUCGCUGAGCAAUGUCAAAGGGCACGGCCGGGCCGACGAGGGCUGUGGGGAUGAGCGGGCCAGGCAGCGGGAGGAGCGGCUGCUGGGGGCACGGCUGGACCGGGACCAGGAGAAGCUGCUCAGAGAAAGUAAGGAGCUGGCCGACCUGGCCCGCCUGCACCCCACCAGCUGUGCUGCUAAUGGCCUGAACCCUAACCUCAUGGUGACUGGGGGUCCGGCUCUGGGGGGCUCGGGUCGCUGGUCUGCCGACCCUGCAGCCCAUCUGGCCACACACCCCUGGCUGCCCCGCUCAGGCAGCACCUCCAUGUGGCUGGCUGGACACCCCUAUGGCUUGGGCCCCCCGUCUCUGCACCAGGGCAUGGCGCCUGCCUUCCCACCCGGUCUGGGGGGCUCCCUGCCGUCGGCCUACCAGUUCGUCAGGGACCCCCAGUCGGGCCAGCUGGUGGUCAUUCCCAGCGAUCACUUGCCUCACUUUGCGGAGCUGAUGGAGCGGGCCGCGGUGCCGCCGCUCUGGCCUGCCCUGUACCCGCCGGGCCGCAGCUCCCUGCACCAUGCCCAGCAGCUGCAGCUCUUUUCCCAGCAGCACUUCUUGCGGCAGCAGGAGUUCCUGUACCUGCAGCAGCAGGCGGCCCAGGCCCUGGAACUGCAGAGGAGUGCCCAGCUGGUGCAGGAGCGGCUGAAGGCCCAGGAGCAGCGGGUGGAGAUGGAGGAGAAGGUGAGCAAGCGGAGCCUGGAGGCCUCGGGCAAGGCUGGCCUGGCCACCACGGGCCCUGGGCUGCUGCCUCGGAAGCCCCCUGGCCUGGCUGCCGGCCCUGCAGGCACCUAUGGCAAGGCCAUGAGCCCACCGCCAUCUCCCCGUGCGUCCCCUGUGGCUGCCCUGAAGGCUAAGGUCAUCCAGAAGCUGGAGGAUGUGUCCAAACCGCCCACCUACGCCUACCCCGCCACGCCCAGCUCCCACCCCACCAGCCCACCGCCAGCCUCCCCGCCGCCCACCCCUGGCAUCACCCGCAAGGAAGAGGCCCCCGAGAACGUUGUGGAGAAGAAGGACUUAGAAUUGGAGAAGGAAGCCCCCAGCCCCUUCCAGGCCUUGUUCUCAGAUAUCCCACCCAGGUACCCGUUUCAAGCCCUGCCGCCACACUACGGGAGGCCCUACCCAUUCCUGCUGCAGCCCACAGCAGCCGCCGAUGCCGAUGGCCUGGCCCCUGACGUGCCACUGCCGGCUGAUGGGCCUGAGCGCCUGGCGCUCUCGCCUGAAGACAAGCCCAUACGCUUGUCCCCCUCCAAGAUCCCAGAGCCGCUGCAGGAGGUCCCGGACGAAGAGCCGCUGGUGGACCGGGAGGUGAAGGCGGAGGUGGAGGACAUGGACGAAGGCCCUGCAGAGCUGCCCUCCCUGGAGUCCCCGCUGACCCUGCCCCCCGAGGAAGCUCUGGCAGCCCCGAGCCCGGUGGACAGCUGUGGCGGUGGCCUGCUGGAGGCCCAGGUGCUGAGUGCCGGCAGCCAGGGGCCCACGGAGCCCUCCGGGUGCCCAGACUUUGCGGAGGGGCCUGAGGCGUGUGUUGAUUCCCCGGGCCGGACAGAAUCCUGUGCAGCUGCCCCGGACCUGGGGGGGCGGCUGACGCCUGAGACGCUGGUGGAGGCCAAGGAGGAGCCAGUGGAGGUGCCCGUUGAUGUGCCCAUGGCUGUGCCCAUGGCAGAGGCGGUACCCGAGGAAGACCUGGCCCAGGUGGCCCCAAGCGAGCCCCGGCCCAGCUUGGAACCACCGGACUGUGAUGUGCCAGCCGAGGAGGGAGAGUGCUUGAGCCUGGAGGCCCGGGAGGCCACACCUGUGCCAAGCAGCACCUGCUUCCUGGAGGAGGCAGGCUCUGACCAGUUCCUGCCCACCCUGGAGGACCCCCUGGCCGGCAUGAAUGCCCUGGCGGCGGCGGCAGAGCUGCCCCAGGCCAGGCCCCUGCCCUCCCCGGGCACUGGAGCCCAGGCCCUGGAGAAGCUGGAGGCGGCCCAGAGCCUGGUCCUUGAGCAGAGCUUCCUGCAUGGCAUCACCCUGCUGAGUGAGAUCGCUGAGCUGGAGCUGGAGAAGCGGAGCCAGGAGGUGUCAGGUGCAGAGCGGGGCCUGGUGGUGCGGCCCUCACUGGAGAGCCUGCUGGCGGCCAGCAGCCACAUGCUGAAGGAAGUGCUGGACGGCCCAUUUGUGGAUCCACUCAAGAACCUGCGGCUUCCACGGGAGCUGAACCCCAACAAGAAGUACAGCUGGAUGCAGAAGAAAGACGAGCGGAUGUACGCUAUGAAGUCAUCCUUGGAGAACAUGGACGCCAUGGAGCUGGACUUCCGGAUGCGGCUGGCAGAGGUCCAGCGGCAGUACAAGGAGAAGCAGCGGGAGCUGGUGAAGCUGCAGAGACGCCGUGAUUCCGAGGACAGGCGCGAGGAACCCCAUAGAAGCUUGGCACGCAGAGGCCCUGGCAGGCCGCGGAAACGGACCCACGCCCUGAGCGCACUGUCGCCCCCCCGCAAGAGAGGGAAGAGCCGCAUCAGUAGCGGAAAGCUGAGCAGCAAGCCCCUGCUGACAUCAGACAACUACGAGCUGGGAGCGGGGAUGAGGAAGAGACAUAAGGGGCCCGAGGAGGACCACGAUGCCCUCAGUGGAACGGGGAAAGCUAGGGGGAGGAACCAGCCUUGGGAUGAGCACGAAGCCUCUUCAGACUUCAUGAGUCAGCUAAAGAUUAAGAAGAAGAAGAUGGCCAGCGACCAGGAGCAGUUGGCAAGCAAGCUGGACAAAGCCCUCUCCCUCACAAAGCAGGACAAGUUGAAGUCUCCCUUCAAGUUCUCGGACAGUUCUGGGGGGAAAUCAAAACCGAGCGGGGGCUGCGGCAGGUUCCUGACGCCCUACGACAGCCUGCUGGGCAAGAACAGGAAGGCGCUGGCCAAAGGCCUCAGCCUGUCUCUGAAAGCUUCCCGAGAAGGUAAACACAAAAGGGCCGCCAAAGCCAGGAAGAUGGAGGUGGGCUUCAAGGCCAGAGGCCAGCCCAAGUCGGCCCACUCUCCGUUCGCCUCGGAAGUGAGCAGCUACUCCUACAAUACGGACUCAGAGGAGGAGGAAGAAUUCCUAAAGGAUGAGUGGUCUGUCCAAGGCCCCUCCAGCUCCAAACUGUCGUCUUCGCUCCUGUGCGGCAUGGUGGCGAAGAACAGCAAGCCAGCUGGAGGCCCCAAGCUGACCAAGAGGGGUCUGGCGGCCGCCCGGACUCUGAAGCCCAAGCCAGCCGCCAGCAGGAAGCAGCCGUUUUGUUUGCUGCUUCAAGAGGUCGAGGCCCGUUCCUCCUUCAGCGAUUCUUCGGAGGACUCGUUUGACCAAGAUGAGAGCUCCGAGGAGGAGGACGAGGAGGAUGAGCUGGAGGAGGAGGAGGACGAGGCCACCGGUGGCUAUAGGCUGGGGGCCCGGGAGCGGGCCCUGUCGCCAGGCCUGGAGGAGAGUGGGCUGGGCCUGCUGGCCCGCUUUGCAGCCAGCGCCCUCCCCAGCCCCACAGUGGGGCCAUCCCUGUCAGUGGUACAGCUGGAGGCCAAGCAAAAGGCCCGGAAGAAGGAGGAGCGGCAGAGCCUGAUGGGCACGGAGCUGGAGUACACCGACUCGGAGAGCGAGGUCAAGGUGCGGAAGCGGUCGCCCGCAGGGCUGCUGCGAACCAGAAAUACUUGCCGGGGGUGGGAGGGUGUUUCGUUCCUCUCUUGUGAGGGUGAGCAGUGGGACCUGGGCCUCCCCUGCCCUCUGACAGCCACUCUGUUGCUCCCUCCCCAGAAGAAGAAGGGGAAGGAGGCAGGGUCUGGAGGCUCACUGCCCCCGCCCCGCGGCCCCGCCCUGGCCCCUGAGGCCCGGGCCCCUCACACCAGCUCCCCAGCCGCUGCCAAGAGGAGCAAGGCCAAGGCCAAAGGGAAGGAGGUGAAAAAGGAGAACCGGGGGAAGGGGGGAGCCGUGAGCAAGCUCAUGGAGAGCAUGGCUGCCGAGGAGGACUUUGAACCCAACCAAGACUCAAGCUUCUCUGAGGACGAGCAUCUGCCACGUGGCGGGACUGUGGAGCGGCCACUAACUCCGGCCCCUCGCUCCUGCAUCAUCGACAAGGACGAGCUGAAGGAUGGCUUGCGCGUGCUCAUCCCCAUGGACGACAAGCUGCUGUAUGCGGGGCACGUGCAGACCGUGCACUCGCCGGACAUAUACCGUGUGGUGGUGGAGGGUGAACGCGGGAACCGGCCCCACAUCUAUUGCCUGGAGCAGCUGCUGCAGGAGGCGAUCAUCGACGUGAGGCCAGCCUCCGCUCGCUUCUUGCCGCAAGGGACCAGGAUCGCAGCCUACUGGAGCCAGCAGUACCGCUGCCUCUACCCGGGCACCGUGGUCCGAGGCUUGCUGGGCCUCGAGGAUGACGGGGACCUGAUUACCGUGGAGUUCGAUGACGGGGACACUGGGAGGAUCCCCCUCUCCCACAUCCGCCUCCUGCCUCCUGACUAUAAGAUCCAGUGUGCUGAGCCGUCCCCGGCCCUCCUGGUGCCGAGCGCCAAGCGCCGCAGCCGGAAGACCAGCAAGGACACUGGGGACAGCAAAGAUGGGGCCACGCCCGGGUCCGAGGAGUCCGGUGCCAAGGCGCGGGGGCGCGGACGGAAACCCAGCACCAAAGCCAAGAGCGACAGAGCUGCUGUCCUGGAGGAGGGGGGCUCAGCGGAUGAGGUCCCCAGUACCCCUUUGGCCUUGGAGCCAAUCAGCACCCCAAGUUCCAAGAAGAGCCCCCCAGAACCCGUGGACAAGCGGGCCAAAGCCCCCAAGGCUCGCCCAGCACCGCCACAGCCAAGCCUCGUGCCAUCCACCUUCGCCAGCUGCCCGGCUCCAGAGCCCUUUGGGGAGCUGCCGGGGCCCCGCAGCCCUGGCUCCGCCCCGCUCGUCACCAUGCCCGCUACCUGCUUUGUGGCAGCCCCAUUGUGCGAGGCAGCGAGGGGACGUGGAGUGAUGUGCUCUGUCCAGAGACGCAGCCAUGAGCCCCUUGGAUUCAUGGCCCGUGUCUCCUCCCUGGACCUCCCUGUCUGGAAAUUGGGGGUCAGCAGGGGCCGGCUGUGCCUCAAGGGCUGGCAUCAGGCCCCAGCGGGAGGGGUGGGGAUUCUGCUGGGACAUCCGCGGGCUCUUACCAGCCUUGGGGGCCAACACUGUCCCCAAGAGCGGCAGACUCCUGCGUUUACGGGAAGCCCCUAUUGGAGGCCCCAUCUGCCCUGGGUAUGGACAAGGGCUCCCCAGUUAGAGUACGCAGGGGGUGUCUUGCCCUCCUGCCCGCCCCUGCGAGGCCCCAGGGUUUGGGGAGGGGCUCCUGGGCCUGACCCCUCCGCCCGCCCGCAGCGCCGCGGCAUGAAAGGCAAGGCCCGCAAGCUCUUCUACAAGGCCAUCGUGCGCGGCAAGGAGAUGAUCCGCAUCGGGGACUGCGCCGUGUUCCUGUCGGCCGGCCGCCCCAACCUGCCCUACAUUGGCCGCAUCCAGAGCAUGUGGGAGUCGUGGGGCAGCAACAUGGUCGUCCGCGUCAAGUGGUUCUACCACCCGGAGGAGACCAGCCCCGGCAAGCGCCUCCACGAGGGCCAGCACUGGGACCAGAAGUCUGGCCGCAGCCUCCCCGCGGCCCUGCGGGCCUCCAGCCAGAGGAAGGAUUUCAUGGAGCGCGCCCUGUACCAGUCCUCCCACGUGGAUGAGAACGACGUGCAGACAGUGUCGCACAAGUGCCUGGUGGUGGGCCUGGAGCAGUACGAGCAGAUGCUCAAGACCAAGAAGUACCAGGACAGCGAGGGCCUGUACUACCUCGCGGGCACCUACGAGCCCACCACGGGCAUGAUCUUCUCCACCGACGGCGUACCUGUGCUCUGCUGAGCGCACUGCCCGCUGCCUUGCGCCCGAGGGCCAUCGGGCCACCACCAUCACUGCCACGGCUUGGGGCCACGUGCGUUGGUUGUGUGCAUGCAAGUGUGCCCGUGGACGCCCUGGCACGUGUGUACAUGUGUGUGCCCGUAUGCAUGCACGUGUGUGCGCACGUGUGCACACGUCUCCAGACCCCCUCCCGCAACCCCUCGGUGCCCCCAGACAGGGGCUCCUCUCAGCUAUCAGGGUAUGGCUCUGCCGGCCCCCCAGGGGCCCCCCCACCUUGUAAGCACUUGGCCGGGCUGGGCCCCCAGGACCCCGGUGCCCCCAGGCUGAUGCCGACUGGGAUUCAGAGGGGAGGGGGUUUCCAAGGAACCAAACUGACGCUGGCUCGGGGGGUCCCCGCUGCUUGUGGGUCCUCCCCAUGCCCGGCCCCCUCAGCAUGGAGCCCACCCCCAAGCCUCCCGCCGUGGGACAGGGGCAGCCCCACACCUGCCAGCCUCACUGACUGGGCCAGGCCUGCUCUGGGCGCUGCCAGAGGCCCGGCCUCCACCCUCUCAGGAUGGCCUGGACUCGGGGAACAGAGCCAGGUGGGGGUGGGGCCCAGGAGCACCGGCCUGGCACCAGGUGGAGGGGCUGCGCGCCCUGAGGCCCCACCCGCCGGCCCAGACCCUCACACUACAGACAACCCCGAUGGUGCUGAAACCCUCAUCCCGGCCCCGGCCAGCCCGGAGGGAGGCGGCAGUUCUUAACCUGUACAGUUUUAUUGUACCAAGAGACUCUCCCCCCUGUAUCAUAACGCCUUUAAAUGGAGUCAACUUUUUAAUUAUAUAUAUAAAGAUAAAUAUAUAUAAAUAUAUAUAAAUAUAAACUUUUUAAAACUGUGAAAAAAUAGCUAUGAAAUUAUAAAAAAAAAAGCGAACACAUUCUGACGUGCAGAAUAUUAUUUUUUAUUUCCUGUUAGAUUGUGAGUGUCUAGCACCCAGCUUCACGGCCCCUUGUCCCAAGCGCACCCCCCCCGCUCCCCCGGCCCAGGUGCACUGUACUUGCCCCCAGGAUGGAGAAGGACUCAAGAGCAGAGGCUGAGGGAGGCGGAGAGGGAGCCGGCCGAGGGCUCGGCCCACGAAAGCACUUAGCAGCCCCCGCGCCUCCCAGGGGACGGGAGGCCUCGUCCAGACAAUCUUAAGGGAAGGAAAAGCCAGACUUUGGUUUCGUUUUUUGGGGGAAUUAUCGUUUUCCUUUUUUUUUAAGUUUCUUUUGGAAUUUUUUGUUUGUUGGCGGAUUCUGUGUGAUCUUUUUCAUAAAAAAAA